UGUGAAGGAGAAGAGAGCAUGACCUGCUUGGCAGACCUCUAUGAAACACUUGGAAGAUUUCUCAAAGACCUUGGUCUCCUCAAUCAGGCUGUUACACCACUUCAACGCUCACUGGAGAUCCGAGAAACUGCUCUAGACCCAGACCAUCCCAGUGUAGCUCAGUCUCUGCACCAGCUUGCAGGUGUCUAUAUGCAGUCCAAAAAAUUUGGGAAUGCUGAGCAGCUGUAUAAGCAGUCUCUGGAGAUAAGCGAGAAUGCCUAUGGCAGUGAACACUUGAGAGUAGCCUGGGAACUGGAUGCUCUGGCUGUACUUUAUCAGAAACAGAACAAAUAUGAACAAGCAGAACAGCUGAGAAAAAGGUCAUUAAGAAUUCGACAGAAAGCAGCAAGAAUAAAAGGGAGUAUGUAUGGGUUUGCAUUAUUAAGGCGUCGUGCUCUUCAGCUGGAGGAACUAACGCUGGGCAAAGACACUGCUGACAAUGCUCGAACGCUGAAUGAACUUGGAGUUUUGUAUUAUUUACAGAAUAACCUUGAAACAGCGGAAAUGUUUCUUAAACGUUCACUGGAAAUGAGGGAGCGGGUUUUAGGUCCAGAUCAUCCAGACUGUUCCCAGUCUCUCAAUAAUCUGGCUGCACUAUAUAAUGAGAAGAAGCAAUACGACAAGGCGGAGGAGUUGUAUGAGAGAGCAUUAGAUAUAAGGAAGAAGAGAGCUCUGUCUCCA